AUGAAAGCAUUCAGUGUAAAGGAAUAUCGAGAAUUAGGAGAAAGGAUUUCAACUCCCGUUUUUUCAUCUUUAAGAGAUGCUUUAAAUAUACGGGAUGCAGUGUUUGAUUUUAUUCAUCUCUUAAAAUUCAUAUUUCUCUAUGCUGUCCUAAGAAGACCUGAACCCGAAAAAAGAGAAGAUCCACAAAGAACUGCUGUCUCAUUAAAGCCUUUGGCUGAUAUUAUAUCGAAAGAAGUUAGUAGUGAUAUUGGUAGCAGAAGUAGAAGUGAAAAAGAUUAUCUCAAAAAAGCUUCAAGCUUAAGUAGAUCUACAACUAAUACAAAAAAAUUGAGAGGAAUCAAUGUUGAGGAAAAGGGAAAAGAUGAUAGUGACGAUGAUGAAAGUAAGAAACACGAGAAUAGCGGUGAUGAAAUUACAGUUGAAACUAUUAACAAAAUCAAUCCAGUGUCAUCAACUAGCAUUGAAGAUUCUAUAAAAAAAAUAAUAAGAAUAAUCAAAGAAGAUGAUAUGAAAAAUUCAACAUAUUCAUCAGAAAAUCGUGUAUAUGAAGUAUUGUACGAGAAUCAAAGAGGAUAUUCACCAAUGGAUAUUUAUACAUUUCAAUUGCCGGAUCCAACUUGGGAAUGGGUUAAUAAAGAAUGGUUGAUUGAUAUGUCUGGUGAUGUUGACCAAGAAGGAUGGGAGUAUUCCAUAGCAUUUAAUUUUAAUCGUUGGCAUGCUUUGGAUCCAAAUAAUAACCUCAAACCCUAUGAAAUUUUAAAGGCAGCUGUUAGUAAAUAUGGGAAAAAUCAGUGGGCGCGAAUUUCAUCUCUAUUAGUCAGAAAGUCGCCUAAACAAUGUAAAGCAAGGUGGUACGAAUGGUUGGAUCCAAGCAUUAAAAAGACUGAAUGGUCAAAGGAAGAAGAUGAAAAACUUCUUCAUCUUGCCAAGUUAAUGCCUACACAAUGGCGUACCAUCGCGCCAAUUGUUGGAAGAACCCCGGCGCAAUGUCUUGAAAGAUAUGCGAAAUUACUCGAUGAAGCUGAAGCAAAAGAAAGAAAAGGUUCAUCAACUGAUGCUGGUCCAAGUGCAGAUGAUGUUAGAAAAUUAAGACCAGGUGAAAUCGAUCCAGAUCCAGAAACUAAACCUGCAAGACCAGAUCCUAUUGAUAUGGACGAGGAUGAAAAGGAAAUGUUAUCUGAAGCACGUGCUAGACUUGCGAAUACUCAAGGAAAGAAAGCCAAGCGUAAAGCUCGUGAAAAGCAACUUGAAGAGGCAAGACGUUUGGCAACGAUGCAAAAAAGACGUGAAUUAAAGGCAGCCGGUAUUGAUUUAAAGAUAAAGAAAAAGAAAAAAGGAAUGGAUUAUAAUGCUGAUAUUCCAUUUGAAAAAAGGCCAGCAAUGGGUUUUUACGAUACUACAGAAGAAAGAGAUCGUAAGCUAGAAUCUGGUCUUAUAAAUGUUCAUCUUCAUAAACUUGAGGGAAAAAGAGGUCUUGAGGAUCAAGAAGAAUCAAACAAGAAAAAGUUCAAGAAUCAUAAAAAUGAAGAUGGAAAAGCAAUAAGUUUUGUCCCUGCUCGUAAUUCACAAUUAAACAAAUUAAAACAAGCUGAACAAAUUAGUAGGAGAAGAAAACUUGUACUUCCAUCUCCUCAAGUUGGUGAUAAUGAAUUGGAAGAAAUUGUAAAAAUUGGAUUUGCUGGUGAAAACACCAAAGCCAUUGUGGGAGAAACUGGUAACUCUACUACACUUGCUGGUUAUACACCAAGCGCUUCUAGUCUACCAUUAAGGACUCCAAGAGCUAUUUCUGGAAUGACCCAAACUCCUAAAACACCUGCAACUAUUUUUUCAAAGACUCCAAGAACUCCUGCUAUCACUGAUCCUGCAGCUUUUAAACGAUUAAAGGCUGGAUUGUUAGGCUUGCCCGCUCCAAAAAAUGAUUUUGAAAUUGUUUGGCCUAAUGCCAAAGAUCAUGAAAGUUCAGGUGAGGACGAUGAUAAAAUGGAUACACUUGACGCCAGUGAUAGAGAAAAAUUACUUAAAGCUCAACUUGAAGAACAAGAGCAAGCUAAUAUGAGUCAAAUAAAGAGAAGGAUUAAAUUCAACUUGCCAGAGCCUACAGAAUCUAUCCUUGAUCAACUUUUAGUUGGUGAAUCUUCUGAAAUUGAUAAAUUGAUUUCUCAAGAAAUUAUACAUAUAGUGAAUAAAGAUGGUUUUGGAAAUAAACAUCUUGAAAAGAACUAUCAGGAAUCAACGUUAUUUACAGAUGAAGAAUUACAAGAAGUGAUGUCGUCUGAGGAGUAUAAAUCAAUAUUAGAAGAGCUGGAUAAUAUUCCCAAACCUCCAGAAAAUCUUGCGGAUUUAUCGUUUGAUUAUAAAGAAGAGUAUGAUAAUGAUAUCAAGACAUUGAAAACCCAAUUCUUGGCACAGAAAGAUAAUAUGACUAAAGAUGCAUCAAAAGCGACGAAAAUCGAGAAAAGGCUAGGUAUCAUUCUGGGUGGAUAUAUCGGUCGCUCUCAAAAUUUGAAACAGAAAAUUUUAGAAUUAUCCAACGACAUUAAUGAAGCAAUUAUUCAACACAAUUCGUUUGAAUUAUUGAGAGGGCAGGAAAAGAUUGCUGCUGAACAGAGAGUAAAGGCAAUUAAAUCAGAAGUUGAUAAACUUGCUCGUCGUAAAGCAGAGAUAAAGUAG